GAUGAUAAUUCUGGGCCGCGAAACGGGCACGCAAAUAAUACGGUGAUACGAAAAUAAUUACGCAUGCAAUACAGCGUGGCGCAAUAAUACUCUCGGGAAGCAAACACCAUGUCGCUAUUCCCAAUCCACGCUUGCCAUGUGCGAUGGCUCAUCGCAGUUCGCUCGGGCCUUACUUAGUCGCGGCGAGUUGCCAAUUGACGCGCUGCCUGGAUGCGUGAAGCUUCUCGAUAAGGGCAGACUCGUUCACAGAUGAGGCCGAUCAAGGGCGAGCCCGUUCGGGGCGGGUGUGGGAAGGGAGAGAGGGAGUGAGAGCGGGGUGAGCAGCGGGGGUGGCGCGGCGAAGGCGAUGGGGGAGCGCAUGGUGCUGUAGCGACUGCCGGAUAGAGGCGGGUGCAGAGAUACCGACGGACACAGAGAUAGCGCCGCUCGUUGACGAGAGUGCGACAGACGGCGACGAGAGUGCGACAGACGGCGACGAGGGUGCGAUCCAAACCGAUUCGCGAUGGCGGAGAGCAGCGAAAGCAAAGUCGGCAGAAGCAGCCGUAGGGGCGGCAGCGGGAUUUCGAGCCGCAGCACCAGCAGCGGCGACGGAGGCGGAGGCGGCGGCGGAGGCGGCGGCGGCGAUUGUAGCAGCAGCAGCAAGGCGGUUGCUAGCAAAGCCAGGAGCGGCGGCGGCGCGACGAGGAAGCCGUGGCGGCCCGCGCCGACCGCGCUCCACCUGCAUCACUUCGUCGCCGCCGCCGCCGCCGCCGCUGCCGCCCCUGCUGUGCCCGCGCCCCCAACGCCGCCCCUGCACGAGUCCGCGCGAAGUGUGGCGCGCGGAAGGGGCAGGGGGAGCCCAGAUGGCGCCUUCCGUGAGGGGGAGGGACGCGGAGGGAAAAUGGAACACGCAGGAGAUGGGCGCAGGGGGACUGGCGGGGAGGGGAGGCUGGGCGGAGGGGGAAGGGGAGGCGGGGUUGGGAGAGGAGCCGUAGGAGGGAGGGGUGGUGGGAGCGAUGAUGCGGGCGCGUGUGCUGUGAGCCCUGCGGGCACGAGGCAAGGCGUGCGAGGAGUGGACGGAGGGAACGGAGUGGACGGAGCAGCAGGGCGGGGGACAGCCGAGGGCGCAGCGGCACGGCGCGGCGCGGAGAGGGCGGUGGGCGGUGCAGGGCGCGUGGCCGUGAACCCAGCGACCUCUGAGACCAUCGCCGCGAGGCGCGGCAAAGAGAGGGCGGCGCCGAAGAAGAAGCGAGCGAGCCGAGUUAAGCGACUCGUGCUGCAGGCGCGCAGGGGAAGGGAGGGGGAGGAUGCAGCGGAGGGGGAGGGAGAGGAUGAGGCGCGUGGGGAGAAGCAUGAGAUGGCAUGGCAUGCGGUGGGGUGGGCGGGGAAGCAGGAGGCCGGGAGAGGUGGGGAGGAUGGAGAAGGGGAGAGAACGAAGUGGGCUUGCAAGAAGGGGGAGGAGCGGGAGGAGGACGUGGAGGAUAGGGAGGAGGACGUGGAGGAUAGGGAGGAGGAAGAAGAGUGGCAGAGAGCUGAGCAGCAGGAGAGAGCAGCGGAGGGGUUGGUGGAGGAAGCAGGCGAGUGGGGAGAGGCUUGGGCAGAUGGUGAAGGGGAGGAGGCGAGGCGUGGCGAGGAUGCGACGUGUGAGAGGCUUGAAGGCGGACCGGAGUCGCAACGAGUGAGCGGGGCGCAGGCGAGUAGGGGCGGCAUGGGGCGUCGGCAGCAUGACGACGUGGCGAGGGAUGGGCGGCGGACGGGUGGUGGGAGAAGCGGAGGUGGCGCGCGGGAAGGCGUACGAGAGGAGCGGCACGAGGCGAGGGAUGGGCGGGAGAAGAGCAAAGAGCAAGGGCGAUUGGAAGGCAGGCAGGCGGAUGGGAAACGAGUGGGCAGGCGGAAAGAGGGAGGAGAGGAGGGGCGAGGGAAUACGCAAGGGGAGUGCAUGAGGUUGGAACAGCAGGCGGCGAAUGAGACGAGUGUGCGCGAUGAGGCGAGCAGUGUGGGAGACGGAGUGGUCAAGGGGGAGGCGGAGGAGGAGAAGACGGAAGAGGAGGAGGGAGGGCAGGAAGAAGAUGAAGGGGAGGCGAAGGGAGGGCAGGAAGGUAGCGCAGGGCAGAGGCGUGGUCAUCCGACAACGUUCGUUAGGGUGGAUGCAAGCAUCAGGUACUCCCAGCAGGUGGUCACCCCCGAGGUGAACGCACUGGUGCUGGAGCUGCUGGCCGCUCUGCUGCGCUUCCAACACAGGGCGCUCCAGCGAGAUCCGCUCAAGGCUGCCAUGCGGCGGCGCCUGCUGUGCGGGCUGAGGGAGGUGGGCAAGGCUGUGCGGACAGGCCGGGCCAAGUGCGUCGUGCUGGCGCCCAAUGUGGAGGAGGUGCUGGGGGAAGGCGGGCUGGACGCCGCCCUGGCGUCGAUCGUGGCGGAGGCGGCGGGGCGCAGCAUUCCCGUGGUGAUGGCGCUCUCCACGCGCCGCCUCGCCAAGGCACUCAAUCGCCCGCGCUGUCGCAUGAGCGCCGUGGCCAUUCUGGACAGCGACGGCGCGCACAGCGUGCUCAAGAGCGUCCUGGCGGAGGCAGAGAGGGGCAGGGCCAUGUGGCGCGCGGUGCAUGGAGGCAUGGGGGAGAGGCUGGCGCAUGGGGAUAAGGAGGGGCAUGUGGGUGGGUGUAAGGAGGGGCAUGUGGAUGGGGAUAAGGAGGGGCAUGUGGAUGGGGAUAAGGAGAGGCAUAUGGAUGGGGUACAGGGGGGGCAGGGCACAGAUGUCGCAUGAGCACAUUGAAGAAGUUGGACAGGCGGCGCACAGAGCGUGCUGAGGAGUGUGGUGGUUGAGGUGCAGAGGGUCAGGGCGAGGUGGUUGAGGUGCAGAGGGUCAGGGCGAGGAGGGUCAGGGCGAGGAGGGUCAGGGCGAGGAGGGUCAGGGCGAGGAGGGUCAGGGCGAGGAGGGUGGGGGAUGUGUGCAGGCAGUGCUGAGAGGCAGGUGAAUGGGGGUAGCGCCGGGCAGUGCGGAGAGGCAGGUGAAUGGGGGUAGCGCCGGGCAGUGCGGAGAGGCAGGUGAAUGGGGGUAGCGCCGGGCAGUGCGGAGAGGCAGGUGAAUGGGGGUAGGGCCAGGCAGUGCGGAGAGGCAGGUGAAUGGGGGUAGCGCCGGGCAGUGCGGAGAGGCAGGUGAAUGGGGGUAGGGCCGGGCAGUGCGGAGAGGGAGGUGAAUGGGGGUAGGGCCGGGCAGUGCGGAGAGGCAGGUGAAUGGGGGUAGGGCCGGGCAGUGCGGAGAGGCAGGUGAAUGGGGGUAGGGCCGGGCAGUGCGGAGAGGCAGGUGAAUGGGGGUAGCGCCGGGCAGUGGACAGAUGGUGCAUGAGCGCCGUGGCCAUGGUGGACAACGACGGCACACAGUGCCUGCUGAAGAGGGUAUUGGCGGAGGCAGAGAAGGGGUGGGCCAUGUGGCGAGAGAUACAUGGAGGUGUGGCGGAAAGGUAUGUGCAUGGGGAUGAGGACGGGCAGAUGGGGAUGAGAACGGGCAGAUGGGGAUGAGAACGGGCAGAUGGGGAUGAGGACGGGCAGAUGGGGAUGAGAACGGGCAGAUGGGGAUGAGAACGGGCAGAUGGGGAUGAGGACGGGCAGAUGGGGAUGAGGACGGGCAGAUGGGGAUGAGAACGGGCAGAUGGGGAUGAGAACGGGCAGAUGGGGAUGAGAACGGGCAGAUGGGGAUGAGAACGGGCAGAUGGGGAUGAGGACGGGCAGAUGGGGAUGAGGACGGGCAGAUGGGGAUGAGAACGGGCAGAUGGGGAUGAGGACGGGCAGAUGGCGCAUUGACCGCAGCGAAUGGCAGCGACAGCACACAGAGCGUGGUGAAGCACAUGCUGGUCGGGGCGGAGAGGUGGAGGGCGAUGGGGUGGAGAGGCGGAGGGCGAUGGGGCGGAGAGGCGGAGGGCGAUGGGGCGGAGCAGAGCAGAGCAGCGCGCAGCUCGCGAGGGCUGGAGAGGCGGCAGACGCGGCGCGCAUGCUGGGCAGGGGAAGGGCGAGGUGUGCGAAGAGAGGAAGAUGGGAGGAGGCGUGGCGCAUGGGUGCAGUGACCGUGUUGCCCGUGUUGACUGUGUUGCCCGUGUUGACCGUGCUGCCCGUGUUGCCUGUGUUGCCUGGCUGUGGGGCGUGGAGCAUGAGGAAGGUGGAGCAUGAGGAAGGUGGAGCAUGAGGAAGGGAGGGCGGCGUGGAACCAGUUGAUGCCCCCCCGCCCCCGCCUGCCCCACCCUCCGCGCUUGGUGAGGUGAAAGCGGAACGAUUGGGUUUACGGGGCGUGGUGGGUGCCAGCAGGGAGAGAGGCGGGUGCAUGGGGAGAUGCGGGCGCAUGGAGAGAGGCGGGCGCAUGGGGAGAGGCGGGCGCAUAGAGAGAGGCGGGCGCAUGGGGAGAUGCGGGCGCAUGGGGAGAGUCGGGCACAUGGAGAGAGGCGGGCGCAUGGGGAGAGGCGGGCGCAUGGGGAGAGGCGGGCGCAUGGGGAGAGGCGGGCACAUGGGGAGAGGCGGGCACAUGGGCUGCUUGAAGCGCCGCUCCGCCGCCAGGCCCGGGCAAGUCUUGAGGCUACUACCGAGAAAGGCGCUGCAUGUCCACCCACAUGUCCUCCCUUGUCUCUCUCCUCCCAGCCGCAUGUCCUCCCUUGUCUCUCUCCUCCCAGCCGCAUGUCCUCCCUUGUCUCUCUCCUCCCAGCCGCAUGUCCUCCCUUUUCUCUCUCCUCCCAGCCGCAUGUCCUCCCUUUUCUCUCUCCUCCCAGCCGCAUGUCCUCCCUUGUCCCUCUCCUCCCACCCGCAGGUGCCCCCUUGUUCCUUUGUCCCGCGUAUCCUCCCCUGGUCGUCUUUACUUCCUUGCAUGUGCCCUUGGUUGCUGCGUGCCCUUGGUUGCCGCGUGCCCUUCGUUGCCGCGUGCCCUUCGUUGCCGCGUGCCCUUCGUUGCCUCAUGCCCAAGAGCCUCGCGCCUCUGUGCUCUCCUCUCCCCCUAUUCCCACUCCCUGCCCGCCCCAUUACAAACCCUCGCACCAGCAUUUGCGACAGCACCUCGCACCAGCACCUGCUCCCAUCACACCAGGCAGGGUCAGCGCUCCCGUGCGAGUUGUCAUUCGUGCUCCUUGCCAUGCCCGUGGUGCAAGGGAAGGCGGCAGCCUGUGCGGCAGCGGUGAGAGGAGAGGAUAGGGCAGGAGGUGCUGCAACCGACUUGUGGCGUGCUGGGGGGGACUGCUGCUCCUGGGGAGCUGCUACUGCUGGUCCGACUCCGAUGUACUGCCAUCGCCCCAAUGGAGGGCAGGAUGUACUGCCAUCGCCCCGAUGGAGGGCAGGAUGUACUGCCAUUGCCCCGAUGGAGGGCAUAGGCCCUGUCGCAUACUGAUGACAAAAUAUUCAACACUUAUGGGUGUGGAAUUCGAUGGAAUGCUCAAGCCAAGCACAUAAGUGAGAAGGUUGAAGCAAAAAUGUGACUCAAUGCUAAGCAUUAAUAUUGAGUUGAUGUAGAGAAUGGGUCGCACUGUACUCGCAAAUUUCCUCUGCUCUGCUCUGACAUGUGGGGGCUUUAUCCGCGUCCCAAAGUGUGUAUGACAUUUGUUUCAG